AUGUCACAUAAUAAACCUGCGUCAAACAAACAGCAUCAAAAAACGAAGAGUAUUCUGGUUAUCCCAAGUAAAUCGAACCCUUUUAAUGUUGAUCACCCUGAAGGAGCCGAAGAGACUGAAAUAACCGCUGAAGUAUCCGUACCUCCCGAAGGUGGCUGGGGUUGGGUAGUGGUUUUUGGAAGUUUUGCGUGUACUUUCAUCCUGGAUGGAGUCUUCUUCACUUUCGGCAGUAUAUUCAAAGAUAUGACCGAUGAUUUAGGAAUUGAUGGCACUCUAGUUGCCUUAAUAAAUUCUAUAACUGUGGCCUUGUAUCUUAUUUGCGGUCCUUUAGUAUCAGCACUUGUAAAUAGAUUUGGAUUUCGAGCAUGUACAAUGUCUGGUUCUAUAAUACUUUCCAGUGCUUUUCUUUGUUCCUACUAUGCGACCAGUUACUCGGCGCUUGUGUUUUUUUAUGGAGUAGUGUCUGGAUUUGGAGGUUGUCUUGUGCUUGUGCCUUCUGCUGUCGUAGUAGGUUUUUAUUUUGAACGCCUUCGAGCCAUUGCGUUAGCAAUAUCAGGCCUGGGCUCAAGCAUGGGGAUAAUGAUUAUGUUUAGUGUUAACUCAUACCUUGUCAACAUAGCAGGAUGGCGGAUUGUUACACUACUCCACUCAGGAUUAUUUGGCACUUUAUACUUCAUAGGCAUGGUAUAUCGGCCUUUAGUCGUCCUAACCUUAACCCAGACAACAGAUACGGACGAUCCUACUCGUACUGUGACUUACUUGCCAAGUUUAAAUCAAACGAGAGUUUUGUCUAAAUCAAAGAUCAAAGAAGGCCUAGGGCCCACUGCUGCGGAACGUCUGUUUUCUGCUGUAUCUAACCGAAACUUUCCUACUGCCGCCUCAGUGGUACAAGAAGGAGUUAACAUGAAAUCAGUGAAUAAAGCUGGUACUUCGACACAAGCUAUAUCCAAACUUACAAUAUCAGUACGAAAUGUUGCAGGAAGUGCCAGUCAAAAACAAGUACAAGCAAUGGUAUCACGGAUGUAUUCAGUUACUAAUAAAGAUAAGAUUCAUAUCGAAAUCGCAGAAGAAGCGGAGCAAGUACCCCCAACAAAAUGGUGGGCUAAGUGUUUUUGUUGUAUAUGGGAGAAACACGUAAAUGAAUCCCGACCUAUGUAUCGAGACGAUGCCUUUUACACGGGUCAUAUAGAAGAAUUACCAGUGUACCAAAAGAGUGUUGCGGCAGUAAACCCAGAAGAAAGAACAGGCUUAGAAUAUCAAAUGGCUGUAUCGCGAGUAGUGUCUAUAGCUGAUUUGGAAGAACAUAAUGGUUUAUGUACAACUGCUGUAAGAAGAGUUUUAGCUACUAUGAUGGAUCCACAACUAUUAAAACGUUGUUCCUUUUUAUUAUUGUGCUGUAGUGCAGUUCUGAUAUUCAUGGGAUUAUUAACACCUUACGUGUUUCUUCCAGAUCGAGCUAAAAGUGAAGGUAUAGAUGAGAAACAUUGUUUGAGAAGUUUGGUACUAGUUGAUUGUUAUGGUUUAGAGAAGUUAACAAAUGCAACUGGAAUGAUGUUAAUGUCUCAAGGUUUCGGAAGCUUAUUAGGUUCACCAAUGGUCGGUAUACUUAAACAAACAUUUGGUUAUUCUGUAUCAUUUUAUGCGGCUGGAACAGUUCUUAUACUUAGUGGUUUAGUUUUGUUGCCUGUCAAUAAAAUUGUAAAAAAAGAGAACGAAAACCUUGAAGUUAAAAAUUGA